UGGACUUAACAAAAAUGGCGAUCGCUAUGUUGUAUGGUGUGUCAACGACGACAUAAAAGCAAUAAAAGUGAAGAAGUGCAACGAGAGACAGAUUAACCAAGUUUCAAUCAAAAUGCAAUGUGCGCGUGAAUAUUUCAUAAGAAAUCAGACAAUCCUGGAUUCAAUAGUAUUAUGAAAACGAUGGUAAUAUCAGCGCUAAAUUGGAAAAUGAGGAACGAGUAGUUAAAUGCGUUUGUUACGCAAAAUUUUGAUUAAUUUGACAGUGGUUGCUUUACUCUUGUUGUUGUUAUAUUGUAUCCAGACAUCGAAUGGUGUCAAUUGGAGUGAACAUUAUUUCAGAUUACAAAAUGCUAGUGAAAAAACAAAUUUUUCAUCCGCCGUAGUUAAUUCGCGUUUACGAAAUAACUUACAACCGAUAUUCAUCAAUACUACGAAAAUCGGCUCAGUUCCCAAAGUUACGAAUUAUUAUAAUGUAUGGUGCAUUUUUACUAAAGUCACGACCAAUUCUCCAAUGAGACGAAAGUUUCGUAUAUUUACUGAUUCUCUUUUGAGACUGGCUUCGGUUGAUAUUGCUUUUCACGUUAUAACCGAUAACGAAAGUCGAUCCAUCGCUGAAGUUGUCAUUCAAGGAGUUAUGUCCUCAACACAAAAAUUCAUGAAGGUGCAAUAUUAUGAUGUACACAAAUUAGCGAAACAACUGGAAUACAUUGUACUGGCGAUGUCACCACAUUUUAGUAGUAAGCCAGGAACUUAUUAUUCGGAUGCUUUGUUCUUUUUGUCACUGGGAUUGCAUCAAAUUGCUCCAGAAAAACAAAAAUUAGCAGUAAUGCUGGACGCAGAUACAAAAUUCAGGAGCGACGUCAGGGAUCUCUUUGAGGAAUUCAAACAUUUUGGUCCACAAGCGCUCUUUGGAUUAGCACCGGAAUUAACACCUGUAUAUCGGCAUGUUCUUUACUCGUACAGAAACCAAAAUCCAAAAACCAUUUUUGGAGAGCCUAUUUCUCUGGGUGGUUAUCCAGGCUACAAUAGCGGAGUGGUGCUUUUUCAAUUGGAGAGAUUAAGAAAGUCCCCUGAGUGGGAUCAAAUAAUCAGUGAAGAUAUGGUUAAUCACAUGACUGAGAAAUAUAGUUUCAAGGGCCACUUGGGCGAUCAAGACUUUUACACCCUUCUUGGAAUGGAGCGCCCUGAGCUCAUACAUACCGUGGAUUGCGGUUGGAAUAGACAAUUGUGCACGUGGUGGCGAGAUCGUGGUUACAUCGACGUCUUUGCCAAUUAUUCACAAUGCGACUCGGAGACUAAAUUGUGGCACGGCAACUGUAAUACGCCGAUUCCUGAAGAAGAUUGAGAUUCCAAGAUGAACCUUGAAAUCUCAAUGACGAUGGGCUUCGAAUGUUUCGUUUGAUUUUCAUUAAUACGAUUUCUUGUAGAUAAUUUUCUUCUUAUUUUUCGAUUUACUAGCUGUACUCAAGUCCAAAAAAUUAGAAAUCAUUUUUCCAAUAUCUUUGCUCUAAGCAAUAUUUAUUUAUUCUAUGAUCCAAUGAAUGAAAAAAAAACAAUAAAUACUUAUUUGAAUAAUCGUAUGAUUUCGUACGAUUGGAUUAAUGACAUUUUUUCUCAAGUACUAAUAUUGAAAUAAAUGUUAUUUCUUCGAAUUAUUAUUUAAAUGUGAAUAUGUGGGUUGCUUUAUGAGAUGUCAUUUUGUUUUUAAAUCCUUUCAUCUGAACGUAAUUGUGUUUUCGAUCGUUUACGAGUCAACUGUGAUUUAUUAAAAGCACAAAAGAUUUAUAACGCCUUCCAGCCGAAAAAGUGCAACGGCCGAAAAAAAAGCCUUAUUUCUAGGAAAGAAAGAACCCUAAAAUUAGAACUAAUUUAUUGAAUGUAUACAAUAAUAUUGUAAUCAGUAUUUUUUGGAUACCGCGGCGUUCAAACUCUGAACGUGAUAUGGUGCUUUUAUGAAAUUAUUGUAACGAAAGAAAUAAAAAAUUCUCAAAAAUAA